AUGCCUCUUCCACCCGACGCAACCCUCACCCUGCAGGGACAGCCUGGUCCCGGAGAUCUUAUGCACACCAAACCCAAGCAGGCCAUGCUGUUCCGCAUGUCGGCGGAGACCUUUGAGCAGCUGGAGGACGCGCAGAACCUCCCCAAACUGCACUUCGAGUUCGGGAAGACCCCAGGACUUUACAUCAACGAUGCCUUUUACUCUGUACGAGCUGACCAAGAGAACGGCCCCCACGAACUAUACCUCCGCAUGGCUUCGGCGCAAAAGCCCAUGGCCCCCCUCAAGAUGUACGCCAACGUCAUCGGCAAGUUUACUGUGGACCGCCAGCUCGGGGAGAAGGUCGAAAGCUCGGUGCGUGACCGAACGCUAGAGGCCGAGAAACAGCGCACCGAGCGUAAGGCCAUAUACCUCGACACGCCCCCGGAUCUGAGCCGCUCCAGCGCAAAGGGGAGACGGAAGGACGCGACAGCCCCUCGUCGCCCAGCUCUGCCCCCGGUCAACCGCCCGCCGUCGGGCAUGAAGACGAGGGUGGCGUCACCGCUUCCGGCCUCUGGCUCCCACGGGAAUGGAUCAACAAACGAGGUUCCCCCGACGAGAGCGCGUCUGAUCCAUUGCCUGGCGCUCAAGCCUCGGACAUCCGAUCAGGCCAUCGGGUUGUGUGUGGGGAAGGAUCCGUCUCCGCAGAUGAAGAAGGAAGUGAUCUCACUGUUGCACAGCGUGGGGCAGCCGAAGGUUGGAACUAGGGGCAGCGGCCCUGAUACGCCCCAGCUAUGGGAGCUGAAGCCUGAGUCGUGGCGCGACGUGCGGCCGUACGGAUGGCCCUUGUUGGAACCGGACGAACGCCUGAGUCUAUCGCGGCAGGCACGCGGGAUCUACAAGAGCCUGAGGAUCCCAGAGUCCGACCCCGUCUGGGAGCAUGCGCGCUAUCGCGAAGCCGACGGCGCGUCGGCCAAGUCAGCGGCGGGCCCCAGCGCGGCGGGCGUAGAGCCCAAGAAGGGCAUGAUGUCUAAAGGCACGACGAAGAAAGCGAAGCCUGCGGAGGGAGUGCGGAAGAAGGUGCCAGAUAUCAUCAUCGCGAAGGACGAAAGCGCGCGUCCGGGUCGAGAUGAGCACAGCGUCAAGGGUAGAGCGCGCGAACGCGACACGGACGAGGGAAGCGGCGCUGGUACGCCCACUAGCGCGACGCGGCCUACGAUCCGGAGGCCUGGAUCCGGAUUCAAGCUCAUCCCGAAGGCGUCCGCCACACCACCCGCCACCGACCUGCGCGCACACUCGCCUCUUCCUCCGAAGAGAACAGGACCGGUGGAUGCUCGAGAAAGCAAGCGAGAGCGCGAGCUACCUGCGCCCUCGGGGUCGGCACGGCCGCUCCCACCGAUCGCAGCGCCGAUGCCAUCGCCGCAGCCCAAGAGCUCCACGCCCCAGUUCAGGAAGAAGACCAAGGAGGAGCGUGCUGCGGAAGAACGACGAGAAGAGCGGCUGCGCGAGCGCGAGCGACAGAGUGCGGCAGACGAGCGGCAGCGAUCCAGAGGACAAGGGUCGCCUGUUCCUCUGAAGCGCAAGAAGGCUCCGCGAGACGGAGACGACUCUGAGUAUUCGGAACGCGACGUCCCGCUCAGCAACACGAAGAAGCGCCGUUUGGACGACCAGCAGAGCGCCGCUGAGAAGCCGCGCGGGCGGGACCAUUCGCUACCAAAGAAGCCCGUGCUGCGCGAGCCCUCGCCUUUGCGCCCGCCGCCCAUGAAGGUGAAGAAGGAGCCGUCGCCGCUAUCGCUCGCGUCCUCGCCACCGCCGCGCUCGUCUCUGCCGCCCAGGCCUUCGAUGCCGGAGAACCCGCAGCCGCCCUCGUCCUCAUCGUCGAGCGCGAGCGCGAAAGACGAUGGCCCGCAUCGCGCGUCAAGCACGAAGCGUCGUCGGCCCUCGAUCCAAUUCACCUCGUCCUCUGAUGAGUCCGACCCCCCACCCCGUGUCGAGCCCGCCGCGAAGAAAUUCAAGGUGAAGCAGAGGCACCCUGCCCGCUUCAAGCCCCGCGCGGCGAUCCCCGCAGACCGCACGGGCCUGCGCGGGUACUACAAGACGUGCUUCUUGGUGUAUAUCCGGUUGUACCAGGAGCAGGCGCAGCGGCGGGACCGGAUCGAACGCAUGCUGAACGGGGAGGCGAGCGGGGACGACGACGCGGACGGCGACGCGGACAUGGACGACCUCGACCCGGACGCGCUGGUCACGUUCAUGGCGGAGCUGCAGGCGGUCACGGACGAGAUGAACAAGAUCAGGGCGGCGUGGGAGCACCUUGGCGGGAGCGUAGACUCCUCUGGGGAGCUCGUGGAUGAGUAG